ACAAUUUCCUUUUUCACAUCAAAACAAAUAGAUAAAAUAAAACACAUUCCCUCCCUUUUCACACACUCUCCGCUCCUUUCCUCCGCCAUUACUACCAAAAGCAACUGCCAUCGCCACUCUUCUCUUUCCUUGAUGCGCUUGCUCUUUUCUUCUUCUCCCCACCGGAUCCCAACUCUCUUCCGACUCGCCCGAUCCCACCGCCCAGUCUGCUCAUCGCCACCUCCACCUACUUGGAGAUCGUCAAAUCCAAUGGCGAUCCUUCCAAAGUCCUCGGCUGCUGCUGUUAUCCCCUCAGAGGAGCGUCUAGCGACAAGGUUCUGGAUCAAGUAUCGUAGGGAAUCCGUGCUUUCUCUUUACUCGCCUUUUGCUCUUUGUUUGGCUUCUGGGUCUCUCAAGAUCGACACUUUUCGUCAUUAUAUUGCCCAAGAUGUACACUUUCUCAAAGCCUUUGCUCAUGCAUAUGAAUUGGCAGAAGACUGUGCUGAUGAUGAUGAUGCUAAGUUAGCGAUCUCAGAGUUAAGGAAGGGUAUCUUAGAGGAGCUAAAAAUGCAUAAUUCUUUUGUACAGGAAUGGGGUUCUGACUGUGUCAACGAGAGCCCUGUCAAUUCUGCAACUCUGAAGUAUACAGAAUUCUUGCUGGCAACAGCUUCUGGAAAGGUUGAAGGACUAAAAGCUCCAGGAAAACUCGCCACUCCAUUUGAGAAAACAAAAAUUGCAGCUUACACUCUAGGUGCCAUGACGCCUUGCAUGAGGCUGUAUGCCUUCUUGGGCAAGGAGUUCCAGAAACUUCUAGAACCCAAUGAGCACAACCACCCAUACAAAAAGUGGAUUGAGAAUUAUUCUUCUGAAAGUUUUCAGGCAUCAGCUGUGCAAACCGAAGAGUUGCUGGAUAAACUUAGUGUCCCUUUGACUGGCGAGGAACUAAACAUCAUUGAGAAACUUUACCACCAAGCAAUGAAACUUGAAAUAGAGUUCUUCUAUAGUCAACCUCUUACUCAGCCUACUAUUGCUCCUCUGACUAAGCAGCAUGACCCUGAACAAGAUCAUCUUAUGAUAUUUUCUGAUUUUGAUCUUACUUGCACAGUUGUUGAUUCAUCUGCCAUUUUGGCAGAAAUAGCAAUAGUAACAGCCCCAAAAUCUGAUCAGAACCAACCGGCAAGUCAAAUUGCUAGGAUGUCGUCUGCUGAGUUGAGGAACACCUGGGGUCUACUCUCCACACAAUACACAGAAGAGUAUGAACAAUGCAUAGAAAGCAUUUUGCCUUCUGAGAAAGUGGAGUUCAACUAUGAAACUUUGCAUAAAGCACUUGAGCAACUCUCAGACUUUGAGAAAAGGGCAAAUUCUAGGGUGAUUGAGUCAGGGGUACUUAAAGGUCUAAACCUUGAAGACAUUAAACGAGCCGGUCAAAGGCUGAUUCUUCAAGAUGGUUGCAUUAGCUUCUUUCAGAAAAUCACAAAGAAUAAAAGUCUUAAUGCCAAUAUCCAUGUUCUUUCUUAUUGUUGGUGCGGUGAUCUCAUCCUGACAGCUUUUUCUUCAGGAGGCGUGGAUGUUUUGAACAUACACGCAAAUGAAUUCAAUUAUGAAGAAUCAAUAUCCACAGGCGAAAUUGUUUGGAAAGUACAGUCCCCUAUCGACAAGAUUCAAGCUUUCAAUGAUAUCUUACAAGAUUGUAGCAAUGAGAGAAAGAAGUUGAGUGUUUACAUAGGAGACUCAGUAGGGGAUCUGUUGUGUCUGGUGAAGGCAGAUAUAGGGAUUGUGAUAGGAUCAAGUUCAAGCCUAAGGAAAGUUGGGAGUCAAUAUGGUGUUUCAUUUGUGCCAUUGUUCCCAGGCUUGGUUAAGAAACAGAAGGAAUUUGGUGAAGGAAGAAGCCCUAGUAUUUGGAAGGGGCAAUCUGGAAUUCUAUACACUGCUUCUAGUUGGGAUGAUAUUCACGCCUUCAUUUUGGGGUGGUAGAAUUUAUUAUUUUAUUCUUACUAUUAUCAUCUUGUUAUUAGUUUAGGACAAGUGAAGCAAUUAUUUUCUUUUCUUUUAUACAAGUGACUGAUUUACAAUCAGAGCAAGGUGCCGCAAUCCAAAAUGAAAACCUGUUUGAUGGUAUUGGGCAGCUGCCCUUGGAAUCCUUAAAAAAUGACAAUAUUAUGUAAUUAUUUUUUAGGUGUAUUUUAAAAAAUUAAUUACAAAAAUGAAACGUGAAGGUUUUUAA